UUCUAUAAUAAUAUUUCCAGUAGUAACAUACUAUAAUAAUAAGAUACAAAGAAUUAUAUGUAGUAAGAUUCUUGAUACAGCCUAUUCUUCUAGGAGUAAGGACUAAGCUAAUAUUCUGAUAUCCUUAGUAGGCAUAACUGAGAAUUGUAUCAGCUAUUUGGGCUCAGUACAAAAUAUGAACAAAGGCCAAACCUGCCUUUUUUACUCCCAGAGCCCUAUGAUGUGUAGAUAGUACCCAUUCUUCUCUUGUUUUUCUCUUUUGAUGCUGCUAGCUAUUGGGAAUAGUACGGUGCAUGGUUGUGGUUGGGGUUUGGGGCUGUUGCUGUCGCUUCGGUUGCCAAAGUGACGAUCACUUUUGGCCAAGAACCAUACAUACAUACAAAUAUACCAGCAUCCAGUCCCUUACCUCCCGCCUUCCGGACAACAAAAAAGAAAAAUCUACUUACAAGGGCUCCUCUCGAAGUCACCAGAAUGUUUCGACCAACAGUUUUCUCCACUCCCCUCCUGCUUCUUCUGGUUUGCUGCUGCUGCAGUGCAAAUCUAUCUCAGGCUACGAGCACAGCGUCCUUCGAAUCCGCGGUUCCCGUUAGCCCUUCCGCAGCUUCUACCACCGGUACAUUGCUGGGGGCAGAUGGGAACAGCAGUAUCUCGGGAGGGAGCUCCUGUCCACUACGGUACCAUGACUGUGCGUUGAUCGGCGAACCGAAUGUUUGCUGCACCCUCGACCAAGUUUGUAUCAACGACGACUCGGGACUGCCAGCCUGCUGCCCAUUUCGCACGAAAUGUGUAGGAUCGGUGAACAGCAUCCCUUCCAGCGGCCCAACAAAUGCGGGCCUCGUGUUGGGACUCUAUGCCUUCCUCACAGCUGGAGUUGCAGCGAUAUACUUACGGUAGUCAAGGUCUACCCGCCGUGAUAGGUGUCCUUUCCGAAGGGGGAGCCGGCACGGAUAUCCGGAUAUAGUCAGCGAUUAUUUCAAACUAAUUUCCUUCUGUUCGAUCUUCAGCAUUGUACAUAUUGUUUGCACCUCACGCACACACUCCCCGAUAAUAAAUGCAACACAACUCUCCUUUGUUGCCUCGUUUAGGUGCAUUCUGCAGCCGGCCAAGGAUCAUUGCGUUCAAUCUUCUCAUGAACCGAUAUUUAUCAGGGGACCAAUCCUCUUUAUCUUUAAUCUUGGGAUCGCUCAAACACCUUUGGAAGCCUACCACCCCCCCACCCACGAACCCUCAAACUUCACCCCCUGACAUCACCCAUCUCAAAAGUAACCUUAGACCCAACCCUCCACCGAUUCAUCCCCCCCCAGAACCCCUAUUCCGAAGCAGCGCCUCUCGAUUAAGCUCCAUAUCGAGCACCCCACCCUGACACCUGACAACAGUAUGGCUUCGAUUCCUAAUACUCGAGAACGCCCGUCCACAGGCAAACGAGCAUAACCGCGCUCAUCAUCAAUGCCCCGCUCCUCUCUCCCUCCCCCCCUCCACCUGCGCAUCCAGAGUCGCGAGAACCGCAUCGCCCCGCUACGUCAUCAACAACUCUCUCUUCGCCUCCCCCGAAAAAAGGUCCAGCGAGCUCCCAACAGCCUGGCCCUGGCGACGCGAUAGAAUUCGACCCUGGGGAUGUCGAUAUCCACGUUCCUGACUCUACCCGAUAGCGUGGAUUGCAGCGGGCGGUUACUGUGGGAUCGCUUCCGACUAGCCUCCCCAGUAGGAGGGACCGCCCUUGAUGGAUCUCUGUGCGGCGGCUUGGGCUUGGUUUUCGGGGUCGUGUUGGGGGGUUAUGCUGUAGCGGUAGUUGCGGGUGGGUGGAUGCAAAGGGCGGGGACGGGGCAUGGGGAAAGAGAAAGGGCGGUGAGUUCCUGGUAUUAGUCGGCGGUGCAGUAUUUCCUUUCUUUCCUUUCCUUUUCCUUUUCCUUUUCUCUUCGUGAAGGGGAUUACGGGGGCGUUUGUGCUUUACGAUACAUAUAUAUGCUGCCUUUUUGUUUUGUUUCCCUUUCUCGUUGUGUUUAUGUGGGGGCAGCGGGAGUUGACGUCAGGUGUUCAUUGUUUUUCCAUUUUCAUGUGAGUGGGGGCUUGCUUUUAAUUAGGGGGGGAUUGUCGCUAGCGAGUAUAACACUUGUUCAGGGAUUUACACUGCGCAUAAGGACUGAUUUAUGUCGUGCAUGGCAUGUAAAUUAAUAUUCUAUUGCGAUGUGAAUAUAUAUCCUAGUAGUAUAUAUGAUCAUCUGGCAUCAUUCAGAUCCUUUC